AAACCGCUUCCAAGUCAGCGCCUUGACAGACCGCUCUGUGUGUCUUGGAGAGUGGCACAGCCGAGGCGUAACAUUUUGAAAGGUUGUGUUCAGUGGACAGCCACUGAGAGCGGGGAUGAUUUAAGGAGAUUCGGAGGAGCAAAUCUCGGUUUCUAAAGUGGAAAAUAUUAAAAACAAGUGAAAAGUUUUGUUUUCGAAGCAACCACUGGAGUACACUGUGACCAGCAAGAAACCAUUCAACUCCGACCCCCGAUGCUAAGGCUCCAUGGCAUAAAGCCUGUCCUCAGAUUCAGCUGGUCCCUGGGGAGAGCUGCCGAGGAACUCACUACUCUGACGCCCCACUGCCAUUUUCCACAGCCUGAGGGGAACCAGGAAGCAGCCGGCAGGAGCCAUGCCUGCCCUGGCCACCGGAGCCGGCCACGAGCCAGGUCUGUAUGAGCUGCUGGCCGCUCUGCCCUCCCAGCUGCAGCCCCAUGUCAGCCGCCCCGAGGACAACACCUUCCUCCAGGACAUGUUUGGAGAGAGAAGCCUCCACUCGCUGGUCAAGAUCCAUGAACGGCUGCAGCACUACGAAGAGGGCAAACCCGUCCCUGUCCUGGACAACGCUGCAGCUCUGGCCAAUGAAUUGUCCGAGGAGCUGGAAGGGAAAUCAGCCAAUGGAGAAAUCAAAGAGCUUCUCCAAAUACUGGCCAAACCCCACGUGAAGAGUGUUUUGUCGGUCCAUGACACUGUUGCCCAGAAGAGUUACGACCCUGAACUACCUCCGCUGCCAGAAGACCUUGACGACGAUGAGGAUUCAGUGAAAAUCAUAAGACUGGUCAAGAACAAGGAACCUCUCGGAGCAACGAUAAGGCGUGACGAUCGCACAGGAGCCAUCCUCGUGGCCCGGAUCAUGAGAGGUGGAGCUGCCGACAGGAGUGGACUGAUACAUGUAGGAGAUGAACUGAAGGAGGUCAAUGGAAUCCCUGUGGAUGACAAGAAACCGGAGGAAAUCAUUCGUAUUCUGGCCCAGUCGCAAGGAGCCAUUACCUUUAAAGUUGUCCCCGGCGUCAAGGAGGAGGCGCCAUCCAAGGAGCCAAAGGUGUUUGUGAAGGCGCUUUUCGACUACAACCCUAAGGAGGACAAAGCCAUCCCAUGUAAGGAGGCUGGACUGGCCUUCAAGAAGGGCUCCAUCCUUCAGAUCAUGAGCCAAGAUGACGCAACCUGGUGGCAGGCCAAACAAGAGGGGGACGCCAAUCCCCGUGCCGGCCUUAUCCCAUCCAAACAGUUCCAGGAGAGGAGACUUGCACUGCCGCGACCUGUUGCGACUCUCGCGUUCCAGAAGACCUCCACCCGACGAUCAUCUGGGUUCAGGAGAAGCUUCCGUCUGAGCAGGCGGGACAAGAAGACCAACAAGUCCAUGUACGAGUGUAAGAAGAGCGAAAUGUACGACAUGGCGGACGUGCCCACGUACGAGGAGGUCACCCCGUACCGCAGGCAGAGUGGAGCUAAACACAGGCUGGUGGUCCUAGUGGGUCCCACAGGCAUCGGCUUGAAUGAACUUAAGAGGAAACUGUUGAUCUCAGACCCCCAGCAUUUCAGUGUGACCAUCCCACACACCAGUCGGGCCAAGAGGAACCAGGAGGCCGACGGCGUGGAGUACCACUUCAUCUCCAAACACCUCUUUGAGACAGAUAUCCACAACAACAAGUUCAUCGAGUAUGGCGAAUACAAAGGGAACUACUACGGGACAAGUCUAGACUCCAUACGAUCCGUCCUCUCCAAGAACAAAGUGUGCCUAUUGGAUGUCCAGCCUCACACGAUAAAGCACCUGCGGACGGCAGAGUUUAAACCCUUUGUGGUGUUUGUGAAGCCUCCUGCGAUCGAGAGGUUGAGGGAGACCAGACAGAACGCCAAAAUCAUAUCAGGCAAGGACGACAAGGGAUCCGCCAAGCCAUUCACGGAGGAGGACUUUCAGGAGAUGGUGACAACGGCCCAGACGAUGGAGACUCAAUACGGCCAUCUGUUUGAGAAGGUCAUAGUCAACGAUGACCUCUCGGCCGCCUUCAGCGAGCUGCGGUUGGCGCUAAAGAAAGUGGAGAUGGAGACUCAGUGGGUUCCAGUCAGCUGGACUCACUCCUGAGAUCCAGACAGACUGUAAAAGAGGAAAAGGGAAGGGCUUUGACAAAAAUAUGCAGGUUUUUAUCUUUCUAUGUCUGCUGUGGCUGGUGUUGGGGGGGUAACGGGAAUAAAACAAGACAGCGCCAGACGGCUGUGUCGCCAUACCUGAGCUGCCCGGAGCUAAAAAUAAGCUUUUUACGUGGGAUCAGGUUGGAUUUAGACUUCAGCUGUGGUCUGGAUGUGGAUCACCAGGUCUGACCAGAUCUGACAGGGUUGAGGCUAAGGGAGCCCAUCCAGAAUAUGAGCCUUGGACAUUGAUCUGGGUCUCAGUCUGGGUCACACAACCAUAGCUUGAGCUCUUUGGUCCAAACCAGAAUGUGGAACGAGCCUGGACCAUCACAGCACCAGCAGUCCUGCCAGCACAUCAGCAACCGCGCCAACCAGGACUCUGUCUUUAGUGUGUUUAUAACAUUAGACCAUUAGAAACCAAAGGGAUUGACAUAUUUCUUCUUGGUGGACAACUUAUAUGCAUAUGUCUGUAAAAGAACACAACCUCUGAGGGGAAAAGGGGGAGAAAAGAAAACAUAUUUGCCUUCUGUCUUACUAUAAAUCUGUGCUUCUAUAAUGCUUCCAUGACUGUUACUCCAAACAAAACACUGUCAGGUACACUCUCAAGAAAGGACAGUAAUUGUAAUUUUAUUUAAGAGAAAUUAAUAUAUUUUUUAAUGUCCUCCAGUCGUUAUUUUGAAUACCUUUUAUAAACAUAUCUCCACUUUUAAAGCAACCUGAUCUCAACUGUAGCCCCCUCUCUGACAGCCCUUUUACACAGGAGGCGUCUCUUCUUUCAGUCAACUGUUUUGAUUUCAUCACCCUAGUCCAGUUUUCCCCAUGCAAAGCAUAGAGAGCCAUUUUAUUUAGGUGUUAUAUAUUCCAUUUAGGAGCGUUCUGAAAAGCCACCCUUCAUGUGAAGGUGCCCAGCAUAACAGCUUUGCCAUUUAAAGUCCCAGAACUGGACACUUUUGGCUGUCUGCUAGAAGAAAAUGUUCACAAUUGUGUUUUAUUAGGGUGGAGUCUUUAUUUUUAUUCACAUAAAAAUGGCUUCAGCAAGGCUGCUAAUAGAGGGUCCACAGCACACUUCCAGGAGUUUAACUCAGAGAAAUGCUAAGUAGCCGCUCCUGACUUUAUGAGCAUUAGAAGUUUAUUGCUAAUUUGAGUCUCCCAUUCCCAGUCUAACUUACUCAUUUUUUACUCAGUGCUUUUCUUUUUUUAAGCUUCUAUCAUAGAGAUACUUAACCUUAAGUUCUGGUACAUUGAUUCUCAGAGCAACUACUCAUUACUCCUGGCUGUAUAAUUAUCAUUAACGAUGUUACAGCUCUCGUAGAUCCUUGGUUCUUUGCUGCUAAUGUAGUGAAAGCCUGAUGAAGAGCAACAAUUUACACUUUAAAGGAAUAGGUUGCCCUCUCAUUUGCUUUCUUUCUUUCAUCGACACCACUUUCAUGUCUGCGUAUUAUGUAUGGACGUAGAGCCAAGAGGUGAUUAGCUUAGCCUAGCAUAAAGACUGGAAACGAGGAGCUGUUAGCAGCUAGCCUGGCUCUGUCAAAAGUUUAAAAAUAAACUAGCACCACAAAAGUCUUGGUUUUAUUCAUUUGCCAGAGCCAGAGUAGUCGUUUCCACCCGGAAUGCUAAGCUACGCUAAAUACCUUCUGGCUCCAGCUUCAUAAUUAACGUACAGACAUGAGACUGGUAUCAGCCUUCUCGUUUAACGCUUGGCAAGAAAGCCAAUAAUAUUUCCCACAAUUUUAAACUAUUCCUGUAACUGUUUUCUUACCUUUGAACAAUUGGCCACCAUACUGUACAAAUCCUGUUUGAAUUUUUCUCAUACACUAGCUGUAUGUCCAACUCAGGUUGCAUUGCCCAGAUGUUUUCAAGUUCAUUUCUCUUACCAUUUCCACCUACUAUGAUAUUUAUGUAUUUGAUUUCUGUCCAUUUUUAAAAAGUGUAAUAUAAGUGUUUAUGCUCUUCAGUAAUGAUAACAAACAAAGGGACUUUAACACCCCUCACCCCUUUACAUUGUCCCAGGUUUUUUAUUCAUUUUAGUGUCACAUUAAGUUCCCUUUUUAUAUAUUAUUUUACUUGUUCACCUCUCCAUAUGUUACCCCUCUGCCAUCUGUUUUAUUGAUCAGAAUCAGAUUUGUACAGUCUCCAGAAAAUAUUUUUAAUUUCUUGCUGUAAAUGAAAUGCUGUUUAUGAGGCAAGUUGUAUGAAUUCACAUUAUUCUUGAUAACUGCUACAUUUUAUAUUAAAGAAAACCCAACUAAA